AUGUUCUGUUUUGCUACAGGUAUGGUAAAAGAAAUGAACAGUGUUGAUUCUGUAAAGCCAGAGAAAUUUGUUCCAAAAAGGAAAGAAUGCAAAUAUUUUUUUGCUGAGAACUCAUGUCAUUUCGGAGAAUUCUGUCGUUAUUCGCAUACAACCGCUGAAGCUGCAGUAAAUAGGGAAAACUUUGUUGUACGUCGUUCCGAUUCGCAAUUUAGAAAACCCUACAGCCGACCAAUUGCUGCAGCAGUAAGCAAAAAUGAUAUCGGAACGCAAAAGCAGUGUGAUAUUCGAAAUUCUGAAAUCAACUAUUUUGUUAAAAGAUUUCGUCAAAUUCAGUGCACUUAUAAUGGAAGUUCUUAUGUUACUCAAUUCGAAUACCAGAUCACUGAUCCAGAAUGGGUUUUUGAUGUGAAAGCUUUAGUGCUUGAGCUCACAAUUCCAGAACAUUAUCCGUGCGCGCCACUGUCGGUGGAUUUAGUUUCUUCAACGUUACCUACACCAUUUAUAACCCAUUUUGAGGAAAAAAUAGACGAAUUUGUUAAGGACAAAUUUGUAGCAGCAGAUAAACGUAACUCCUAUAUCGGCGUUGGGAAGACAUUAAUCAGCUGGCUGGACCACAAUAUUUUUGAUUUGUUUGUCGAUGGUUUGCGUAAAACAAAAUUGAUCACUGAUGCUGAAAAAGAAGGCAUCUCUUUACAUGAAACAAAUUGCUCUGAAUUAGAUGUUUCACAGGUGGAUCAAGAUUCAAACGUUAAACAAAAAGAGAUGGACAGCAAUGAAGUAAAAGUUGUUUGCAGUAACGAUGUAACCGAAGUUAAUCUUGCGUCGCAACUUGAAACCAAUAUGCAAAUUGUGAAUGAAUCGAAGCAGCAGCUAUCAAAAGCCAAUGCAAUAGAAGUUCGUGUGUCAUGGAAGAAUUUAAAUGGAAAUAUUGCUACUCUUGGUAUCCUGAAAAUGGAAUUAUGUGCAAAAUGUGCCAAAUGUACUUCAUCAUCUUUCUUGAUAUGUUUCGUAGAUCGACUUUUGAUCUCACGAUGUCAAAAGUGUUCAAAUAGGUAUUCUAUCUUUAUGUCCUCCCAAAUAGUGCAUGAGAAUUCAAAUGUUAUUGCUUUGCUUGAGUUAGAUGGUUGUAUUCCAGUGGAUUGUGUGCUUCCAUCCUCAAAAUUCAACUAUGCAUGUUUGAAGUGCAAUAAUGAAUGUUCAACUGAG